CGUUAGUAGACUAGAGAUACACGGCUCAUGAGAUUUUGUACCCGUGUGUCCCGCCCUCAUCACCAUCACCAGUUAACUCUCUCACAUAAAAACCACAAAAAUACAAAUACGCAAUGGGUUUCUGGCCAUUCUCAAGCGAAUCCCGCGCAGACGCCAUUCGAUCCGGCGACGCGAUACCAAACCGUCAAGAGCGCAAGAUCUGCUGGGCCGCCCGCGAUGCCUACUUCAACUGUCUAGACGCCCACAACAUCGUCGACGCCACCAAGGAUCCAUCAGCGACAAAGAAGGCUUGUCCAGUUGAGACGGCGGAUUUUGAGAGGGACUGUGCAGCUGCUUGGGUCAAGUACUUCAAGCAGUGGAGGGUUGCGGAUAUCCAGAAGAAGCGACGCCUGGAUGAGUUGAGGGCACAGGGUGCACAGGAGAUGACGGUUACGACGAGUUUUGCGCCAGAGGGUGGUGCUGGGGAGAAGGGCAAGGGUGUGGGCGAUAUUCAGGCCAUGUUGGACCAGAAGAAGUAACGGGAUUGGAGGAACAAGAUGAUGGAUGAAUGAGACAACGGACACGGAAAAGGCUUCACAAAAGGCCAUUACUUGUUUUACAUAUUUGUAUUAUAUCAUUGUAAACUACCACAAUAUCACCAACUCACACCCCAAAAGGUACAAUCACAACUGCAAUUGCACUCACUGUACCACCUUCACAUCA